AUGGCGGCAUCAUCAGGAAGCAGCUCGACCUGUUGGGAUACUCCGGCGGUUUAUAAACAUCACGAACAGAGAAAAGUUUGUAUUUCUAGACCAAAGUACCGAGAGGGAAGAAACGACAAAGCGGUGAAGGUGUACACCAUCAAUUUAGAGUCCCGAUACCUGAUGGUCCAAGGAGUCCCCGCCAUCGGAGUGAUGCCGGAGCUGAUCCAGCGAUGUGCCCUGUACGGAGCUGUGGAGGAGUACAGGCCCCUGGACGAGUACCCUGCUGAGGAGUUCACCGAGGUCUACCUGGUCAAGUUCCAGAAACUCACCAGUGCCAGAGCAGCCAAACGACACAUGGAUGAGAAGAGUUUCUAUGGUGGUUUGCUCCAUGUUUGCUACGUCCCAGAAUAUGAGAGUGUAGAGGACACCAGGUUUAAACUGCAGGACCGAAAGAGAUAUAUAACAAGGGCUGUUCAGAAUAUAGUGAGAGAAAAGGAACAGAAGGAGGCAGAAAAGGAGGAGCCCACAACAUCCACCACAUCAGAGAAGAUCAUCCCCAGACCCGAUCGAAGGCCCAAAAAUGAUAAUACAGGAGAGAAUAUAAAGUUCAGCCAUCAUUCAGGCUUUCACUUACUGCCAUUACCUCCUCAGGAAAGUCAUUAUUAUGGACAUAAAAAUCUAAAUUGGAAAGGACAAACAGAAGAUAAAAUGGGGACAUUACAUAAUGCCAUAAUCGACACAAGACAGCAGCCGGCGCAGGCUUUAAGUUUCAGUCAAACCUCUUCAGACAGAGAAAGAGACACAGAACACAGACUGACUCCAAAACCGGCUCCUGCAGCCAGAUUUGUCCCGAGGACCACACACCUGGAGGACAGGAAACGCAAAAUACAAGAGGCUCCAAGCCAAACACAGACUGAUGUUUCUGGGGAAAAUGAGCCUUUGAUUGGGCCAAAGCUUCCUGAACCACCUAAACUGGACAUGGAGGACGAAUCGUUGAACACAACAGUCAGCCUCAUCAGAACCACAAUGAAACAGGUGGAAUCAGUUCCUGACGUCAAACCAGUGAAGAAAAAGAUGAAACCACGUCGUCGGAUUUGAUUGCACCAGCUCGGUUCCUUGUGGCAACUGUUUUUUAUUUAAACAAAUUUCAUGUCAAUACAAACAGCGAUAUAGUUUUUUAUUAAAAAAUGUACAUC